GUAGCCGUGAAGAGGGAGUUUGAGCAAGGUGGCGCUGGGAGCUCGGUCUUUACAAACUCGAGUCAUUCAUCUUACAUGAGGAAACUUUUAUUUUUUUUGUUUGUUUCCUUCGGGUUCACUGUUCACUUCGGGUACAAUAAGACGUCAUGUAAUGUCCAGAAUUUGGGACUAAUGAGUUGAAGUGUAUUAAGCGAGGUGGUUGUUCUGUUACUUUGUUGUACCUCAGGAGGAGCAGAGUGUCAGUAAUGCUGGUUAUGCCAGUAUCAUGCUGUGAGCGAUGAUGGCAGUAUGGCAAAGUCGAGCCCUAAUUUUACCUCUCCUUACACUGCACAUCAUAUGGCUCUCUCCACACGCCUCAUUUGGAUUGGCCGUCAGGUGCUGGUGGCGUAGGGUUUCAUCUGUCAUCCACAAUGUGUCUAUCGAGUGCCAAGCAGAUCCUCAAGGAGCCAUGCUGGAGUGUGACUUGUGUCACCUGCACGUGCUUCCACUUAACCCAGCAGCGCACGUCUCACAGACUGAGUGCAGCCACAUGAGUGUGAGCUUCAGCACGCUUAUUGAUGCGCAUGAAAUGCAGAAGGCAGAGUGCAUGCUGCUCUGUCCAGGACACACACCAGGACACACACAUUUGCCCUGUUUGGUACAGGAAGGCUAUCCUCCUCCCACCUGCUUAAUUCCAUUUAAUGAUGAAGACAGGAACAUCCAUUGCCGCUGGACAGGAUCACUUAACCCCUUGAUCCCAACCAACUUCACCCUUCACUGGAGAAAUGAUGACUAUGGGUACAAUGGCUCUAAAGACAUAGGGGGGCGUGACAGUGUCAUUAUUCUACGGGCUGAUUACCAAGCUCACGACUGCAUUGAAAUGUGGGUUUCUGCAACAAACACAUUGGAGAAAAUCAAUUCAGAAACCCUCAAGACCAACACACACAGUAUCAUCCAGCCACCGCCUCCAUCCAUCAUCAGGCAUACUUCUGAACCCUUGGAGAUUUUUUGGAGUGUGUCUGAUGAAAUAGAACACUCCGAACAAUGGCAGUGUAAGGUCCAAUACAAGAAGCUGUGUGACCAGGACUGGACAGAGGUUGAAGACACUUAUGAAGUGAGCUUUAUAUUAGAAGAUGCUGUGCCAUUCACCACAUACAAGUUCCGUGUUCGCUGUAGGCACGCUUCUGACGAGAGAGCGGUGAUGAGUACCUGGAGCUCAGAGUUCACUGCUGAAACUCCUGCUGCAGCUCCAGUGGGAAUGCUUGAUGUUUGGAGUGACUGUGAUUCUAUGUCAGAUGAAUCCAACUGCACCAUCCUAUGGAAGGAGAUGCCCAAGCAGCAGGCAAGAGGCAACAUCAACAGCUAUGUGGUGACCAUGAAACUGAGCAAUGGCUCUGUGUUGAACAUAAAUGGAUCAGUGUACACGUCUGCUGAGACAUGUGCGCAAUGUGGGCUGGACAUCAUUACAAAAGAACCAUCAAACUUGGUUUCACAUGCUCAGCAGAGCUAUCUGACAUGUCGUCAGGAGCAAAGCUGUUUUCAUUACUGCCAUCUCAGCGUUCCAGUUAAGGAGGUGAAGGGCAUUGGAGUGACCGCUAACACAGCAGGGGGCAAGUCAAGUCCAGCACUUGUGGCGUUACCCAGAACUGGUUUGCUGCAACCAACUGUGGCGUUGGAGGUCAGAGCGAAGAGUCAGGAGCUAAAUGUAUCGUGGUCAGUGCUCCUUCCGUUCUCUGACAGUGUACAGGAAUAUGUGGUGCAGCACAAACCUGUAGGACUACCCUACACCCCAUGCCUGAACUGGGUCAAGGUUCACAAAAACCAGACGUUUGUUAUACUCAGAGGUCAAAUGUCAAACUACACAGCCUACAACGUAUCUCUGUAUGCUAUUGUCAGCAACCGCAGCUGUUUACUCACGUCUGCCAUUGCCUACACUGUUGAAGGAGUGCCUCCAAAAGUCACAGACUUUCAAGCUAUACCUACCUCUCCGUUUAGUGUAAACCUGACAUGGACACCUAUUCCACUUAAUAAGAGCCAAGGACAUAUCAUGCAAUACCUAGUGGGCUUCUGUAAAGAUGUAGUUGUGUACAACGUGAGCAGCGAUAAGAGCAGUUUCCAGAUCUCUAAUCUGAAUCCUGAUCAGCAGUAUGAAGUGUGGAUCAGAGCUAAGACUAGUGCUGGAGAGGGAGAGAACGCAACUGCCUCUUUCACCACAACUUCCUCUGCUAACAUUAUCAAAAUAGUGGUGGUCAUAGUUGUGUUGGUUUUUAUCACCCCUCUGGUCUUAAUCAUUUCAAUUGUGUGGUAUUUAAGGGCCAAGGUACCCGAAUGGUUCUACAAAAUUCCGGACCCCAUCAACAGCAGUUCAUUUAAACAGAUGAGCAAUCAGUUCUGGCACUCAUGGCCUGUUUCUUCAGCCUCCAUGGAGUAUGGUCUAACCAUUUCUCAGGUGGAGGUAGUUCCUGAGCCAGAAGUUGAUCAUGAACCUGAGGUGGAGCAGCCAGAGGAGCACAGGGAACACAGGGAGAGCAGAGGAAAAGAGUUGCAAGGAUUCGGGGGGUUGGAGCAGAACAAUUCUGUACUACGUCAUCAGAAAGAAUACAGCCAAAUGAUUGACAGCAGUGAUGAGGAGGGCAGACAAGAUGAAGACGAGGAGUGGAAUGAGGAGCCAUUUCCUUCCGACUAUGAGAAACAUUUUUUGCCCUGCAUUGUGGAUGCAUGAUUCUUCUUUUGUGCCUGGAACAGAGCUUAUUAUGGCCUGUCAUUUUUUGCUGCAUAUUUAAAAUGUGUUAUGGAUACACAUUUGGGUUAUCUUGAAUGUUAAUACACUGCAAAAUAUUUUGUGACAAUCAUCAGGAUAAUCAGCUAUAAUCAUGACAGCAUCUGCCUCAGGUAUGAUCAAUGUGCCACUUAGGUUAUAAAGGAUUGAACACAACCUCGUGCACGUUGAUCGACUGUAUUUACUGGAAGAAGGUGCGAACAGGCAUAUGACUUGUCAAUUUUGCACAUGAGUAGCUUUCAAUAUGGUAGUUUAUCAGAAACAACCAAUUGUGGAUAAAACCUCAUGUGGUUUUAUAUCACUUUAUAGAUGCCUGUGAAAUGUGCAAAAAAAAAUUCAGGCCAAAAUAUUGGAUUAGGAGUACUUCAUGGACCACUCUGUUACAAGCCAGCAAGUAACUUUUCAACUUAGAUUAUUCUCUGCUUCUGUGAGAGAUUUGCAGCAACUUACAGACUGAUUCUUACUGACUGCCAAAAUCAUGUGAGCUUUUUCCAGUGCAGUUUGUGAUUGAAAGUUUUGCAAAACUUUUACAGUAAUUUAAUUACUGCAUGACUGUCAUAAUUUGUAUUUUAUUUUAUUUUAUUUUUUUACAAAUGAAUGCAUCUUUUUAUCAAUGCAUAAAUCUUUUUAUUUUUCUAAAAAUUAUGCAGUUAUACCUGAAAGUCAUUUAACUUGUAAUAAAAAUGACAAAAAUGUUUUUAUAAGA